UGUUUUACGUCAUUGCUGUGCGACUGGAAACGACCGAUAAUAAAAAAGGAAGCUAUUGAAAACGUUGACUAAAUGGUCGAACAUACUGCCUUCUAUUGUUGGGAUUUGAGUAACACCGCCAGGGAGCGAUGAGGAUUCGGCUGCAGGGCUCAGGCCACGCCGCUGGCCUCCUCGCCGAGCUCAACCACUGCCGUCUGUCCCGCCUCUUCUGUGAUGUCAUCCUCCAGGUGGGGAGCCGCGCCUUUGCAGCGCACCGGGCCGUGCUGGCGUGCGCCGGAACCCACUUCCGCAGCCUGUUCUCGGGCAGGGGGACCCAGAUCGGAACCUCAGGAGCCACGACAACGUACACUCUGGAUUUUGUGUCCCCGGUCAAUUUUGAGAAGGUGCUGACUUUCAUCUACACUGGAGAGAUCUUCACAGACCUGAUAGAUGUAGGAGUGCUGUAUGAGCUGGCAGAGAGGCUGGGGGUGAGAGAGCUGGUGAGGGCAUGUCACGCUACCUUCCCUGACCUGCAGCAACCGGGCUCUGGCUCUGCAGACUGUGUGGUGGAUGGAGACCUGGACCCUGACAUGGUUGCUGCUGCAGCUACUGCUGCUGGGUCAUCCGUGUGCUCAUCCUCUGCAGCGUCUUGUUCCUCCCUGUCAUCAUCUGCUGGUCCCUCAGCUGCUCCUACUCCAGCGGCGGCCCCCUCACCUCUCCCCCAGGGCAGCAGGGUGGCCAGGCUGGGCCGGGGUGGUGGACACACAGCCCCUCUGUCCCUGUCCCUCAAAGCAGAGGACGUCCAGUCUCACCUGGGCUAUGGACAGAUGGCCGAAGACAAACGGGUACAGCUGACAGGAGAUCAGCAGAGUUCAGUAGACAUGUCCACUGUAGCUGUUGAGGCUACACCUGGACCUCCCCUGCAGCUGAAGACUGAGGAGGUGGUGGUGGGAGACGGGGUUGAUAACGGUGAGGAGGAACAGAUGGUAGUUAGUGGGAGUAGGGCUGGUUCUGUACCUCCAUGUGUAUCUGACUCCUGCUCCUACCCGGACUCGUCAGCCCAGCUGGGAGGGGACAUCUGUGGGGUGAGGGAGGCCCCUUCGUCCUCCUCUGGAGACCCCCUGGACAGCCUGCAGAUGGGAGUGGUGGAGGCUGGGGUGGGAGGUGUGAGCUCUGACCAUGCAGGGGUCAUCUUUGGGGGGGGGGGGGAUGAUGAAGACGAUGAUGAAGAGAACGAGGAAGAGAGAGAGCAUUUGCAGGGAGAUGAAGAAGGGACUGAUGGAGGAGUGGACCAGUGGAGACAGCUGGCUGGAGAGAUCAUCGAGUUGAGCGAUGGCGAGAACUACAUGGAGGAGGAAGAUGAGGAGGAGGAUGAAGACGAGGACUUGGUGUGUGUGGAGAACGGAGCAGCGGUCAGUGCAGGGGGUGUGAACACUGGCCAGGUGUCAUCGGUGCAGGGUAUAAUGGCGUGUAAAGCCUGUGGAAUGGCACUGUUGGCCGACUCUGCUUCCCUGAGGGCCCACGCAGAGACCCACCUCUCUGAGACAGGGGCCUGCAGGGUGUGUGGGGCAUCUUUCCCCGGAGACCGUGGCGCCAGCAUCACCCACGCCUUGUCCCAUGUGGUGUUCUCUUGUGACAUGUGUCAUCUCCAGUUCAACAGCCAGGCCAAGUUGGUACGCCACCGGCGCCAAGCUGCAGCCAGGUACACCCUCCCCAGUCAGCUCCACAACGCUACCCAGGGGCACAACGGGGAGCUGCAGUGUGCUGUCUGUAACAAAGCCCUCACCAAGGACUUCCAGGUCAUCAGGGAUCACCUGCUGAGUCACGUGUCCAUCCAGUCACUGAGCUGUGGUGUGUGCCAGCUGCCCCAGCCCUCCUUAUGUGCCCUGCUGUGGCACGCCCUCACACACCUCUCCCUGCCAGUCUACUCCUGCCCGCUCUGCGCCUGCGGCUUCCUAGAUCGCCCUCUGCUGGACAGACAUAUGUUCCUGCAUGCUGAGGAGGCCGCCACUGACAGAGAGGCCAUGAGGGCUCAUAAAGCAGCCGGACCAGAGGGAGAGGAGGAGCUGCGUUGCUUCUUAUGCCCACAGACCUUCCGCUCUGCCUCAGCUUUCCAGUACCACCUGAGCUUUCACACCAACGAGGCCCAGGGCAGCCAGGGGUGGGCAGGGAAACGAAAGGCUGACCAGAUAGAGUACCCUUCCUCCUGCUCCUCCUCCUCCCCCCUGGAGGCAGGCAGCCUGGGGAAGCUGGGCAACAUGGGCUUCGGCCUGGGCUCCUUCAGCCUCUCAGACAAGCUGCUCCAGGGGGCUGUGGCGGCUGGCUUUCCCACAGGCCUCCUGUCCAAUGGGAACUCCAUGGGUGGCACCAUCCCCCGGGAGAAAUGGUACCGCUGUCGCUUCUGUGGAAAACGCUUUGCCCACUCUGGCGAGUUCACCUACCACCUGCGCAUCCACACUGGGGAGAAGCCGUACCAGUGCAAGGUGUGCCUGAGGUUCUUCCGAGGCCGCUCCACCAUGAUCUGCCACUUGAAGACCCACGCCGGGGCACUCAUGUACCGCUGCACCAUUUGUGGCCUCUACUUUUCCACGCUCAAGCUGGUGUCCUCCCACAUGGACGUCCACAAGGACCACCUGCCUCCAGACUUCAACAUAGAGCAGACCUUCAUGUACAACGACCACUCCAAAGAACCCCUCCCCGCCCUGGACACCUGAUCAGCUACUCCUCUGGUGUCUGUCUUUCACUUCCUUUUUUUCCCUCCGUCUCUUUGUCUGCCUGUCUCUCGCCCAUUCUCUCCCUCUUUUCCACUCGCUUUCAAUACCUCUUUCUGGUUGUGGACCAUAUCUAUAGCCGUGUAGAAUGUAUUUCACUUGUUUUAUGUCUGUAUUUCAGAUGGUAUUAUGGAUCGAAGAGACCUGUUUUGUAGCAUAGUGUAGCCAGAAAGGUCAUCUUUCUUGGAAGAAGCUUAGCCACUUGGUGGCAGUAUAUCUAUUGUGGUCUAUGGAAAGAAGGACGUGCUACUGUUUGCUGACUGUUUUCAACGCAAGUCCAUUGGCUUUUCCUAAGUUGCAGUCAAACAUUGUCUUAAGUGUCUUAUUACUCAGUUUUACAAAAAAUGAAUUACAUUUUUCUAUCACUGUACGCAUUUUGUCAGUUACGUGUACAUCCAUUUUUAUAUUAAACAUGUGACAGACCAUUCAUGUAUGUCUGAGUGAAACAAUAUUUGCCACGCUGCACCAAGCAUAUGUACCCAUUAACAUGGGUGAAGUGUACCUGAUGCAUCAUACUUUAACUGAAGAAUGGGGGGAUGAAUGAGGCCUUGCUCUAUCUGUUCCCUAGGAAACCAUUUAGGUACAUCUUCCUCAAAGCAUUUAUGUAGUGAUAGACUAUAAUGCAGACAUUAUAUAGUAGUUCAUAUGUGUUACUGAUCAGAUGGUAUGAACGGUAGUUUCCAACCAGAGUGCCAUUUAGUCACGCAAGAGUUUUAAAAAUCACAGGAAAUCAUGUCUGCCAUGUCUCAGCAUUUCAAAGGCACUACGUUAUGAGUAUUGUGUUUUGUAGACUUGUGGUCCUUCAAGUGCUCACUUUGGGCAUGAUGACAUUUAAACAACUAUUUGGUGUCUCACCUCAUCAGUCGGAUUAAACUAUUUAUUAUAUUUAUUAUUUUAUGUACUUUUUUUUAAUGAGAACUAUGAACAUUGGCCUUUAUAUCUCGUUUCUAGUUCUGGAAAGAAUAAAGUAAAUAUA